GGAGGAGCGGGAGGAGGGGGGGAGCUGGGAAAAUGACUCAGUAAGUUCCAAGCCCUGGCCAGGCUCUGCCGGCCUCUGCGCCUCCUUUGCCAGCGCCCCGGGAUGUAUUCGUCCCCGCUCUGCGUGACCCAGGAUGAGUUCCACCCGUUCAUCGAGGCGCUGCUGCCACACGUGCGCGCCUUUGCCUACACCUGGUUCAACCUGCAGGCGCGGAAGCGCAAGUACUUCAAGAAGCACGAGAAGCGGAUGUCGAAGGACGAGGAGCGCGCGGUGAAGGACGAGCUGCUGGGCGAGAAGGCCGAGGUCAAGCAGAAGUGGGCGUCGCGGCUGCUGGCCAAGCUGCGCAAGGACAUCCGGCCCGAGUGCCGCGAGGACUUCGUGCUGGCUGUGACCGGCAAGAAGGCCCCGGGCUGCGUGCUGUCCAACCCCGACCAGAAGGGCAAGAUGCGGCGCAUCGACUGCCUGCGCCAGGCCGACAAGGUGUGGCGGCUGGACCUGGUUAUGGUCAUCCUGUUCAAGGGCAUCCCGCUGGAGAGCACGGACGGCGAGCGGCUGGUCAAGGCGGCGGCUUGCGCGCACCCGGUGCUGUGCGUGCAGCCGCACCACAUCGGGGUGGCCGUCAAGGAACUGGACCUGUACCUGGCCUACUUCGUGCGCGAGCGCGACACAGAGCAGAGCAACAGUCCCCGGACAGGGAUGGGCUCCGAUCAGGAGGACAGCAAACCCAUCACUUUGGACUCCACCGACUUCCAGGAGAGCUUCGUCACCUCGGGCGUGUUCAGCGUCACGGAGCUGAUCCAGGUGUCCCGGACUCCUGUGGUCACAGGAACCGGACCCAACUUCUCUCUGGGAGAGCUGCAGGGCCACCUGGCCUACGAUCUGAACCCGGCCAGCACGAGCAUGAGGAGAACCCUACCUAGCACCUCUUCCAGCGGGAGCAAGCGGCACAAAUCGGGCUCCAUGGAGGAGGACGUGGACACGAGCCCCGGCGGCGACUACUACACCUCGCCCAGCUCUCCCACGAGUAGCAGCCGCAACUGGACGGAGGAUAUGGAAGGAGGCAUCUCAUCCCCUGUCAAAAAGACAGAAAUGGACAAGUCUCCGUUCAACAGCCCAUCCCCCCAGGACUCACCCCGGCUCUCAAGCUUCACCCAGCACCACAGGCCGGUCAUCGCAGUGCACAGUGGAAUCGCCCGGAGUCCCCACCCAUCCUCAGCUCUCCAUUUCCCUACCACAUCCAUCCUGCCCCAAACAGCCUCUACCUACUUUCCGCACACGGCCAUCCGGUACCCACCGCAUCUCAAUCCCCAGGACCCACUCAAAGAUCUCGUCUCACUGGCCUGUGACCCAGCCAGCCAGCAGCCCGGACCGCCGACUCUCCGCCCGGCUCGUCCCCUGCAAACGGUUCCUUUGUGGGAUUAGGAUCCAGGGAUCCACAUGCAGGCACAGUCCUGGUACCUGGGAUAGCUGAGGUCCUCCUAUGCCUCCUCUUAUGCCUCUUCCAUCGUCUGGGAGUCCCCCGGGGUAGCAGCACCGGGUCCCAGUCCACAUUUUCAGUGGAAAAUCAGAACGAGCAAGAAACCCCUGCUGACUCCCAGCACAACAGAAAGACGAGAGGAAAAAAGGAAAAAAAGACAAAAAACAAAAACAAAAACCUGCCCAACCAAGAAGACAAAAGGCAGAGUGAGGGUUUGAGGACUCGGCUGCCUCAGAUGUGGGAUUGGCGCAGAGACUAGCGCCCUCCACACCCCUCCGCCAUCUUCCUCUCAUGUGGCUCCUGCUGCUGAUGGCCUGAUGCUUGCAGCCUUCCUGUUCCCUGAGGCCCUCGCAGCCAGUCACCCACAGACCAGGUGAGCUCAGCCUGGCACCCACGCCCAGCACCAACAGAUGAACAGAAGGAUGGGGCAGGGCCACCCGGCCAGGCCACCUCUCCCCAGACCCCUGCUGCCAGCCACCAACGCCAGCCAGCCACGGGGACCUCAUCCAGCUCUCCCCGCUGAUGGUCUUUGCCAAAGACAGGAGGCUGAAGGCGGGACUGGCGCGGAAGGUGGAUGGCAAGGACCCCGCAGAGGACCUCAGGGACCUCGGUGGCAUUCGGGGACAAGGACAAAGGAGGGCACGUGGGGACGAGCCAGCACUGGCCCUCACGGGGCACAGACACAACACAGGUACUUUGGGACACCCCAGAGGGUCCUGCGGCCGACCUCGAACUCGCCCCUCUGGUCCCCUCACGGAGGACCUGGUCUUUGGGCCUGGUUUGAAUGGACAUGUCUAUGCAAUUUGUCCCCAGUCCCACUCCGGCAUGAGAGGCCACCCCAGCCCCAUCCCGUCCGGCCUGGUCCCCCGGGGACACCUCAACUUCCCCCUCCUCUUGCACACACAAAAGGAUUGCACUUUGAGAAGAAGAGGAUGGGGGAUGGGACCUCUGUGUCCAGGUUCCCAUAGUGAGAUGUCCCUGCUCCCCACCGCAGCCCCUGGAGGUGGGAGGUGUCACAUCCUAAGUGCCUGACCCCCUCCACCCACCGCUGCCCCUCAUUAUCCAUCGGGGACACAGAGUGGCCGGGGCACCCCACCACCCUCAACCCCGUCGCACCCCCAGCCCCCCAUCACCAUGCGCCCUCCGAGCUAGAGAGAUGGGACCCCCAGGGGUAGUGCUGGGUGUCCCCCAGACCCGGGUUGGGGACCCCAUGCACCGCCCCCCCACCUCCUUCUGCCAGUGCCUUAAUUAUGGGAGACCCACCCUGGGGUACCCCACCACAGGGGUAUACCCCCUUUGCACUUUGAUCCCCCCCCGAUGAUGUGGGCCCGGCGGAGGGAACUAGAAGGCUGUGGAAGUGGGUGCACUUGAACCCCGGGUCAGGAGGGCUCUGGGGAGACAAGAGUGGCCAGGGUGGGGGCUCCCCCAUCUGCUAUGCGUGUUUCACUGAACUGCUCCAAAAAUAACACUAAGUUGGGGACACAGGUCUGCCCCUCCAUCCUGGCUCUGCUGCACCCACCCAGGUCCCUAUCUCGGGUGGGCUGGUCCAGGAAGGGGCAUUGGGUGUUUUAGGGUCACCAAACCCACACACAUACACAAGGACCCCUCCCUGACCCCCAUCAUGCCUGGCGCUGUCCAUGUCCCCUGCCCACCGGAGGCUACAAGCCAUUAUCCAAGCAGCUGCCCCCAGGGCCCUGGCCACCUGUCAUCCUUUCCUGGGACCCCCCAUCAUCUUCUCCAGGGGGACCUCAGUGAGGUCACUCAAACAUACAAAGACCCCCCCCAAGACACCUUCCCAGCCCUUGAACCCUCACCCUGUCUGUCCGUCCAUCCUCGGGGACCCUCCAGAGGGAGGGGACCAUUGGGGACAUCGCAGGGGCCACUGUCCAGCUGCGGGGGAGGGGUCAGGCUAGGAGGGUGAGGGAUGGGCUAUUCCUAGGGUGGACCUGGCAGGUCCCCUCUGACCCCUCUUCAAGCCAGCCAGCCGGAUCCCCAAGGGGUCAGGGUGGACAGAAACGAGUCCCUACCUAACUGCAUGGUGCUUAAGGCCCUACUCUGAGUCCCUGGUGACCUCGAGGGGCCAAUGCGUGCAUGACAAGUUAUACCCGGCUCUGUGUCCCUCACCUGCCCGACCCCCCCUUACCGCCUCUAUUAAAAAAGAAAAAAAAAAGGAUACACAAAAAUAUAUACCCUUCCCCCCAAAAUUUCCAUAUUUCCGAAUUUGCACGAUUUUUUACCACAAGAUGUGCCUUGCCCCCGCCCCCAGAACAAAUAUUAACUUUUCAAUAUAUCAGCGCACAUAGACGCAUGCCCUGCACGCAUAGUUAAAAACAAAUGAUUUAAUGAAAUAAAAAAAAAUCCAAAAGGGAUGUAUUUCUAUUUGUAAAAAA